CCAUGUAUUCAGAGACGGAGAGAAGUGCGUUUGUUGCAUCCGGAAAGGAGGUUACAACAGAUGAUGUGAUCGAGGAACUGUUCAGACAGCGAACCUGGAAAUACACACUGCUCCUGAUGUCUCUCAUGAUAACCUGGUUUAACGGCCCCACCGCUGUGUAUCUCACUUCUUUCGCAGGAAUUGAUCCAACCCCAGAGACCAACUGGUCUUGCAUAUCCCAAAAGUGCCAAGAUUAUAUUACAUCAAAUAACUCUCUGCUUCAAGAAUUUCCCUGCAAAAUGACCGAAGAGAAAAAUGGAAAAACUGAGCUCGUUUUAAAGUCCUCUGACAUAAAAUGGGAGAUGACUCAUUCUUCAUUUUCUGUGGAAUUUGAUCUGAACUGUGGUGUUGGGUCCAGUAAAGUAUUGAAAACACUUCUCUCCUCCAUUGUUUUUGCAGGAGGCCUGACCGGUCUGAUUCUGGGAGGGUUUCUGUAUGAUCAUAUCGGCAGAAAGAAGACAGCCGUAUUAGGAUAUUUCAUUGCAGUGUUGAUCACGUUUUCGGGAACCUUCUGUCACGACUACUAUUUUUUGCUGAUCAUCAGAUUCCUUCAAGGUCUUGGAAUGUACUUGGCGUUCACUGGAGUGUACAUCAUGACAGUUGAGUUGGUUCCAGUCGAGCAAAAGAAUUACAUCAACGGUUGGGCAAUGUGUCUCUGGGCUUUGGGUUACCCACUCGCAACAGCGGUAGGGUACUUGAUUCCUAACUGGAACUAUAUGUUCCUCGCAGCGGCCAUCAUCAUUGCAGUUAUGAACGUACAAGUAUUGUUUUGCCCUGAGCCCCCGAGUUUUCAUGUUAUCAACAACGAUAUCGAAUCUGCCAAGCAAUCGCUGAAAGCUUUACAGCUCUUAACCGAUUCUAAAUUGGAUAUAGAUAACAUUGAGAUAUCGGAUGCCGGGAAAGUUCGAGAUAGGAAUCAGACUGUUCUUCGUCAGCUAGCAGACCUUUGUUCCUACCCAAGUCUUCUACUGGAGACAUCGAUCUUAAUGUUUUUGUGGUUCUUUGUUGGAAUGGCCUACUACGGUUUUAACUUCGGCUGGAGUUCCAUAGUUCCAAAUAGAUAUCUGGGAUACUUGAUGGCUUCAGUUGGCGAGUUGAUAGCUUAUAUAUCUGCAGUGCCGCUGAUAGCUCGUAUUGGUCGAAGAAGAGCUAUGAUGUUGAUGUUUGUUGGGGCUGCUAUAUUUUACUUGAUAGCCAUUCCGGAGGUGAAGCUAGGUAAAAACACCGACUGGACUUUGGAGAGUGUUUCUUGCCUGAUUGGAAUAAUCUUUGUAUCCGGAUGUUUUUCUGGAGUCUAUCUUUGGACUGCAGAGUUGGCUCCUACUUCCCACAGAGGUUUUGUGUUCUGCGUGUCCUCCAGUUCGGCCCGAAUUGGCUCCUUCCUGGGGCCUUACAUCUUCAAUAACUUAUUUCCCAUCACCCACAAAGCUGUUCCUCUGGGAGGCUUGGCAGUUCUGGCCCUCCUUUGUGCACUUGGGUCGUUCAUUCUAGUGGAGACUGGAGACAAGGAGACAGCCCUUACCGGGGAGGAUGUUGUUGCUAGAAGAAACCUUCACAGGUACCGCAUAUUUCAAACAGAAAAAUAACACUCACACUUGAAAUUCCAGUCAGUGUGUCAUCAUAUGACAGAACUACGGCGAACCCAUUACAACAUUUAGUAUCCUUACGUUGUCGGACUCAGACGAGGAAUUGGUGGCCUUCCUUAAUGGAGACAUGUGCAUGCUCAUUCGGAAGAUGAGAGAACGGAAAGUUAAAGUGCUCAGGAUAAAUGAUAUCGCCGAUUUGUCAGAUGGGUAAUUGCCUGGGGCUCACAACCUAAUGAAUUUCCCUAAAACUUGCUACCCUCCCCAGACAUCUUAAUAUAUUUUCUCGUAUGAUGUCACUUGAGCAUCUAUAGUACGUACGUUCCUUUUGACCUUUUUUGCAUGAAACUUCGGAUUUCAGUCAUCCAAUAUAUUUCUAACCCCCGUCGGUAAUUUUCGGUAUAUUGUUGACAGUUGCAAGACUAAUUUAGGCCAUGUAUUUAUUCGGAGGGAUUUAAAAUAUAAUUUUAGCACGUUCCAGUGUAGUCAUCGGCUUCAGUCAAAUGUAAAUACUUUGAUGGGAUAUCUACUGGUGAUCUUGAUUCCAAAAAGAUGAACGACAAAAACAAUGGAUUAUUUAAUUAAACUCCGCAAUAUAAUCUAGUCGACCCACACUCCACAGCAAAAGAACGCUCGUAUAGGCAUCAAUUACCGUUGUGGUACACGUGUGGUAAAAUUGUAUAUUAUUUGGUACUAGUGUAACCCGGCCUUCGGCCAGGAUUGCACUGCCGCAGUUAAAAAGGGUAGGAGUAAUUACCCGCUGAUUCAAAGCCCGGCAUUAGGUGAGCAUUGACACACGCUGCAACCCCUUUUGAGCGCGCGCCGGCCGAGAGGUAUACAACGUGUAGCAAGGUGAGCAAUUCUAUUCGGAGUACCCUCACGUAUCCAAUAGUACCUUAAACAAUAAUCUCAUAAUCAUUUCUUUCUCGUGGGUAAUUAAGUCAUUAUUAGGCACCACAUUCCAUGAUCGGCACUAUACCGAAAAAAACCAGUCCCGUAACUCUUACCGUUUUUUUAAUAUAACCGCUCGGAAAUUUCCCGCAUACACACAUACACACGGAUUUCUUGAGAUUAAUAAGGCGAUAAUAAUUAUAUGUAGGACAAGAUCAGUGCAGUGGCACGCUUUGCGCUUGUAGUUGUACUGGCGGGUUUUACAUCUGAUACCGGAUCCCUGUUUUUAUGUCUGUGUUUUCUUUCUUCUGUAACUUUAAGCACAAUGGAUAACAGUUAGCAUUAUAAUAAUAAGACCCAUACAGCUUGUUAUUAAUGCUAAUGGUCGCAUUGUUAACAAAAGAUCGAACGCUAAGCUAUUUUGUUGAAUUGUCUAUCGAUGAUGAACUGACCCGGCGCACGGUUAUAGAAUGAAGCCAUUUAGUUUUACCGCACUGGAAUAUAGCAUAUCUGUAUAAUAUACUGCUCUAUUCAUGAAUUUGACCAUGCCGCUUUACUUCCAUUUUAGUCUCUGUUCUCCAAUACUGCACAUUCUGGAUAAGUUCCCCCUUCACUUCGUCAGUGACUGCGUUUGUCCCAUAGUCCAGUGGUCAGUGUUAUUAAUAGAAAUAAGUAUUUUAACGAAAUUAAUCUUUUCGAUUGAAGAAUUGAUUGAAUUACGAAAAAAUUGCAAAACUUUUUGUAAAAAGUACAAAAGAACCCAAAAUGGAAAAAAAAACGUUAUAAACAAAAA